GGUCGACUUUAAAUACUCCCGCCUCGAUAACAGCACUAAGCAGCUCUAUACCAAUUAACAUUGACGUUGACAUUGUUGUUGCAUUUGUUGCUUCUGUAGUAGUUGUCAUCAGUUGAUUUUUGUUAUCGUGGUCCUCGCGCUCGCAUUGGCGUCACCAUGUCGAAGCUAUCACCAACACUCAAGUCGCUCAUCAACGCCGCGCAUUCGCGCCCAGGCCCCGUACCAGCGCCACCAAGGAUACAGGCUGUAUACAAGCGGAUAGAGCAAGAGGCCACAGAUCGCAAGCUUGGGCGACCAUCAUGGCUCGGCAUCUCUACAGCCGCGACCAUGACGAUGAACUCGCCCGAGUCGAUGAUGGCCCUAUACAACAGCUCAGCUACCGCCAGACCAGAGAGUGAAGGUGUCGCGAUAGCAGAAUUCAUGCGCGAGAUCGGUCUGAAGUGCAUCGGCUUCAAUGGCAUACCGCGCACCAUCAACAUGUUAAACGCCUUCCGCGCCGAACUCCCCUCGUCAAUCGCGUCCUCCCUAAACACCAAACCUACGCGCUUCCCAGACCCUUCUAACAUCGAACACAUAAACAAACGCGGACGCGCUCUCUGGGAUGCCAUCUACCGCCCCCUAGAAACAAAACUCGAACACAAGCUCGGCGACGCGCAUCCCGAUCUGCCCGUCUUCAUCAUCAACAACGAAUACGGUGGCCUCUUCACCGACCCUCCCCGCAGAGAAGGAGCCACCGUGGGCCGCAUAACAACCAGCUUAAUCGCCAUCACAUGCUUGAGGGCGCAACAAGGAGUCGGACCCCAAGUGCUCAGCCACGUCUUUGGCCUAAGGAAGGCUUGGGAAGAUGGCACCUGGAAGCAAGAGCCUGAAGCUGGCGAAGAGGAGGGCAUCAAAUGGUUGGUUAGCGAUGAAGGGUGUACAUGGAUCCUGGAGAAGGUCGAUGAGCUUGUUGAAGCUCUUGGGGGAGGACAGGGAAGCACCUUUGCGCCCAUCAAGUCUAAGCUUUAAGAGCAAUAUCUCGAUGCCAUCAUGAGAUGAUAAAGAGAACAAGUCAGCCAUGGUGAUACCUUAGUCUUUUUUACCAUUCGAGCCAUAGGUUUCUUCGCAAGCGCCAUCUUGCAAAUUAUCAGAAAAUGCUGAGGCAGGUAAGAAUGACUAAGGAAUAACGAAUCAUGAUGAACUACUCAACAAUGGCGAGGAGCUAUGUAACUUGAGAAAGCGGUCUCUAUCAGCUGUAUCCUGAGCGGCUGUCUAAAUUAGUGGCGCCAUCUCGACGCAAGUACAUGAUGCAAAAAUAGAUGUGAAAGGAGUUUGUAUCCAGUGGGCUGGAAGCCCAACACUAGCUAUGGUAUCUCAUGAGCCUGCAAAAGCCUCCAUGUCGGUUAAUUCCAAGUACGUAAU